UUGUCGCUGCUAGAGCGGCGAGAGCGAGGAAUGUUGUUGAAAGCAUCAUGGCGGGUCGAUCUUCUUGGUGGUACAAGUCGCAAUGAAAACAAUGAUAUAGCACACAAGAUAGCGUUACAGGCAGCUGCGGGACAAACGAAUGACUAUGAAGUGAACGCACCGAGCCUAUGCAUAAAGAAGGAGAUAACACUGAAGUGAAGAAUGCGACCAAGACUUUACUGUCCAUUUUCGAUCAGCU